AUGCACUCGGCUCUGUUCAUUUCCGGUCCUGCGCCGUUUCUGGAGCGGAUUGGAACCCGGAGUCAGGAUUCGCUAAAUGAAGGGUCUUCUGCAGGAAAGGUUGGCAUAAUGGCUGAGCAGACGCCAGAUGAGUUCAUCUGGUGUGAGGACUGUGGCCAGUACCAUGACUCUGAGUGUCCCGAGCUGGGGCCCCUGGUCACUGUCCAGGACUCCUACGUCCUCAGCAGGGCCCGGUCGUCUUUACCGAGCAGCCUGGAGAUCAGACCGGGGUCCGAUGGACAGGAGGGGGUGUUUGUGCUGCGCCGCCUUGUCAAGAGGACCCGCUUUGGGCCCUUUGAGGCUAAGAGGGUCCCCCAUCUGGAGCAGGAAGGAGCAUUCCCUCUGAAGAUCUUCCAGAAGGACUCCGUGGUGGUGUGUUUGGACUCCAGCUAUGAAGAAGACUGCAACUGGAUGAUGCUCGUGCGCCCGGCCUCUGAGCACACACACCAGAACCUGACGGCCUACCAGCUGGAUGGGGACGUGUACUUCAACACCUCGCAGGAUGUGCUGCCAGGAGCAGAGCUGAGGGUGUGGUACGGAGCUUUCUACGCCAAGAAGAUGGAGAAGCAUAUGCUUAAGCCUCCACUCCAACCAGCACCUCCACCAGAAGUACCAGAGACCUCUGAGGAAACUGCAGCCUAUGUGCCCCCAGUGGCUGAAAAGAAUCUUGCAGGCAAUCUGCUGAUUCAUCUUGAUGAGGUGAGGACAGCAGCGGUGCUUCCUGUCGACCCGCUCCUGCCCCAAGAGGAGAGCCUGAUGGGCCCCGAGGAGCAGGAGGGCGGCCCCCCCGCAGCUCAGCCGGCCCCAAAGAGAGCGCAGGGCCGGGGCAGGAGAGCUAAGGGACGCCGGCCUGGAGCCGCUGCUACUGCAGGCAGACACAGAGGUGAGGGUAACAGGCAGACAGGCAGACACAGAGGUGAGGGUAACAGGCAGACAGGUAGACACAGAGGUGAGGGUAACAGGCAGACACAGAGGUGA